AUGGCGGACAAAGAACCCAUCGUCACACACGUUUUCACCGCCGACCCAUCAGCCCACGUCUUCAAUGGCAAGCUGUAUGUCUACCCCUCGCACGAUCGCGAGACAGACAUCCAAGAUAACGACAACGGCGACCAAUAUGACAUGAACGAUUACCACGUCUUCAGCAUGGAUGAAGUAGGUGGCCCAGUUACAGACCACGGCGUAGCCCUCAAGCAAGAUGACAUACCCUGGGUCCAAAAACAACUCUGGGCCCCUGAUGCCGCCAGCAAGAACGGGAAAUACUACCUCUUCUUCCCGGCCCGCGACAAGGAGGGCAUCUUCCGCGUUGGUGUGGCCACUGGCGACAAACCCGAAGGACCAUUCAAGCCAGAAGCCGAGCCCAUAAAAGGCAGCUUCAGCAUCGACCCCGCGUCUUUCGUUGACGAAGACGGCUCUGCGUACCUGUACUUUGGCGGCAUCUGGGGCGGCCAAUUGCAAUGCUGGAAGACUGGAAAAUUCAUCCGCGAGGACUAUGAAACCAUGGAAGCGCAAUCUGGCAAUGCCCUCUGCGCAAAAGUAGCCAAGCUGUCAGACGACAUGACUUCCUUCACCACCGACGUCCAGGACGUCGUCAUCCUGGAUGAAUCCGGAAACCCCAUUCAAGCUGCCGACCACGACAGACGGUUCUUCGAGGCCGCGUGGAUGCACAAGUAUAAUGGGAAAUACUACUUUUCGUAUUCUACUGGUGACACGCAUUUCUUGUGUUAUGCGACGGGUGAUAGUCCGUUGGGCCCGUUUACCUACGGAGGCAGGAUCCUAGAGCCCGUCAUUGGAUGGACGACGCAUCAUAGUAUCGCGGAGUUCAAGGGCAAGUGGUAUUUGUUCUACCAUGACUCGAGUCUGAGUAAGGGGGUAAACCAUCUUCGAUGUGUGAAGAUCAGGGAGAUUGUUUAUGAUGAGGCGGGGAAGAUCAAGUUAGCGGAGAGUCAGCCCAAGGUCAUGUAG